AGACGUCCCCAUACUAGGAUCGGUGAAGUGAUCUAGUGGGACGUGGUAUACCAUCAACGACAUGAAGAUCGCACGUGUGAUUACGAUCUGCGUCGUAUUGAUAUCGAUGUUCCUCGAUGCAGAAGCCGUGCGUUCCAAAAGGCGAUCGCAACCAAAGGAUCAUUUGCCGCAGUCCAAAUACCAAAAUGGCACCAACACCAACGAAAUAUUCACUACCUCUCGACCAGAAGCUCCAAGACCAGAAAUGACCCGCAACCAACAAACGUUGCAUACAAAUAUUCCCCUAGGUGCAAAGAAGAAGACCCUGACAGUUCGCACAGAUCGUUCGAAGCCAUCGCGAUCACGUGGUGUAAAUCGAUACAAAGCAAAUCGACGUAGAAGGCAGCUUCAACAUUCUGGCGCAAAAUCCGGCGUUCAUACGGGACGAUCGUACGACGUCAAGGAGAACUAUAUCGAAAACCAGCAAAUAGAAACUGUGCAAGGACCUGCGGAAGCUUUCGACGAAGGAGCAGUUCGCAUCGAGCCCGUAUACAGGGUGACGAAGAAUAGAAACAUAUUGGAUUCGAUCGUGGAUAUAGUUAAAAAGAUAGUCGAUCCUCCAAAACCAUUGGGUCCCCUCGUUGGACCGUUCAAUUUCCCAGGAAUAGGUGAUAAGGUGUAUAUACGACUUCUGGAACCAUUAAAUUCCAAUCAUCUGAUGAUACGAUUGAUAACCCAUUUACCGGCUACAGAAAUCGAGUCGACGUUUGAUAAAAAUAUUCUUCCACCCACUGAAAUAAUAGAACACCCUGAGGUCUCGAUAAUCAGCCACGAAUCACUUCCCCUGUCUAAGGAAGGAUUGAUCGGCUCGUAUGAGCAUCAUCAUAGUGACGUUCAUUCGAUCUCUUCGGAUAGUCUGUUGUCUUCUAGCGACAACGUUGUUCAAGUUUCAAAACCAUCGAACGCUCACGUUCAAAACAUUGGACGCACGAAUGGUUACACUACAGGGAAUCGCAACUUUAGGACGUAUAAACUGAAUUUCAAACAUGGGAACGUACACGGUGUCCAGAAACUCGGACAUCAUAAAAGACACCCAUCUUUGGUUUCACCGUCGAGGAACAAUCAUGUGAAUUCUGUUUCUCCUUUCAAGCUACCUGAUCAAGCAAAUAAGACGCAAGGUAGUCAACGAGCAACUGGUUUCCAAGGUUCGGUCGAUCACGUGUACCCAUACUAUCCAUCGCUAAACGAAUCUAAUAACGAACAUUCGAAACUGCUGACCAUCGAUUUCCAGCAAUUGCAGACUCCGAUAAACGUUUCAGUCUCGGAGCACGCAACUUAUAGUAAUCCAACCACUUCGUACGACAGGUUUCCAAAUGUCGAAACCUUCACGAGUCCGCGAAUUCCAACUUCGAUCAAUCAAGAACGUCAAUCGAAGAAUAAUUCUAAAGGGUCUACCGAAGAUGGUCCGAAAUAUAGCAUCGAGUUUGCAAGUAAAAACAUGAGGUAUCUUAAUCUGGACGGAAGCGUGGAGCCCGCCAUUAAGAAUAGCAACGAUGAAGGUUUCAAGCCAAUGGAGCUGAGUCCUGUUCACUCAAAAGUACCCAGAUCCGUCGAUCCUCAUUGGAAGGUUCGCAAGGGAAUAAACGUACGACCGAGCGAAGCGAUUGAAUCAUCGACGAGUAAAGCAAAUCACGGAGGAUUGCAAAAGAGAAGCGUCGGUAACGGUGACGCGUUUUUAGAGACGAUUCGGAACUUAAACGACGAUAGGAUGAAUUAUUUAAAUACACGGCCACGGCCAAGACCGCGAAGAAGUCGACGAAGCCGAAGUGUUGCUCGCAAGAAUAAAGAGAUAUAAGAAUAAUAAAAUAAGAAUGCGAAGUCUGGUUCCGAUGAACAACAUGAAAACGGGUAGAAGAUAAAUAAUUCAGCGAACAGCGUGAAAUCCGUGUCGAGAAACGGAUCGAUGGACAAUUUGAAGUCGUUGCAGUUGCUCAGGAUUUAACCGUUCUGGAGAAAUUCGACGAAGAUGUGGAAAAUCUGAGUUUAAGCAUAUCGUGAUCGUUUCUAAUUGAUCUUUACCGCUUUUUUUUUUCAAUUUGUCUAUUUUAUACUAUAUUAUCUCAACUGUGAUUGCGUUGUCGAGGAAGGAAGAAAAAGCAGAUAUUUUAUUAUUUUCAAUUUACAUAUGUACAUUUGUUAUGCUUCCUUUGGUCAAGUAUACUAGGCUAAUUUAUGAUACUCAAGUGUAACUCGAACGAAUAUAUUUUUGUUUGAUUAAAAUGUUAUCGAAUAACUAAUUUUUCAUAUCGUUUUGUAUUUAUUGAAACUCGUUAGUCUUAAGAAACUGCUGCACUGUUUUAGAUAAUUGGCAAAUCGUCUUUUUUUCAUAAAUAUACAGCACAGGAUAGAUAUUAAGGUUGAAUUAUAAGAUUUUUGUUGCUUGCUCCGAUUUAUUUGGAACGUGAAAUUCCUGAAAUAUUGAACGUGAUAAAUUAACGUGCUCUGAUUAUUUUAAACAGUACAUCCGUUUAGCGAGUAGAACUUAUAAAUAGGAAAACGUAGGAAAAUUCAAACCAUCCUCAAACCAAAAGAAACGAUCGUUCUAAGAGAUUUUCGAGGCUAUAAAAUCGUACAAAAAUUGUAAUAAUUCACACGUGGUUCACGCGUUAUCCCUUAUCCCGUAGUUCUUAUCUUAAUUUCCAUCGUUGCGUUGAUUAUUUCACGAACAAUUACACGCAACAUAAAAGUAAAUAUUCUGUUUUGUUUCUUUCACUUUCCAUCUUACGAACAAUUUUCACUUUUAAUUGGCGAGCUGCACAUGUAAAUUAAUUGAACGCGUUGAAAAGCUUUUCCAACAGUCUUAAUAGCGUAUUCUUUCACGGUGUAGCCACGGUUGCAUUCAAUUCAAAUAAUUUAUGCGUGACCUGUUCGAAAGCGAGACUGUUUUUGCCUAAUUCAUGGUCAUGCUGGAACGAUGAAUCGCUAUUAUAGAUUACUUAAAAUCACUUUCUUCGUACGUUGAUCCUCGAUUAUUUUAUACAAAUAUAUCUUCGAUAUAUCGUAAUAAUCUUUGCUCGCGAGAAGCUAGAAAAACGAAAGUAGUGCAUUAAUUACCUAAGACACCUAAUCGCUACAUCGGCACGCGAUACACAUUGUGAUAGACGCUACGUCUAUGUCGUGACUCGUUACGUUCGAAAGCAAAGUCCAAAACGAGAUAAGAUUAAUGUGCUUACGCAAAAUUAUCGCGAGAAACAUUCGAUUAAGUACAUUAAUCGUUUAGCUCGUAUACAUAAUUAAUGCGAUGACGCGCCGUUCUCGCGCGUUUCUCCAUUCACGUCAAGCGUGUAAUGUCUACAUUUUCCUUCCUUUAUGUAUAUUUUCAGUUUACCGUGUCCAUUUAUCUACAUCGUUCAUCUAUUUUCAAAUAUUUUGGACGCAAUCAAAUUCCUCUCAGUUAAUGGAGAAAUUUCGAAGCGUUAGAAUCACGAAAUGACGGUUCGUUUGAGAACGUAAUAAAAAUGCUAUAAAAAUAUAACAGUUAUUCAGGCUCGAGAUAAUUACAAUUAAUAACAUUAUAUGUAUGUUCUUACGUGUUUCCUUUCCAUUCUUAUUAACGAUCUUUGCUCGUUAACUGGACGUGCGUGCAGUACGAGUCGAACAGUUGAUUCUCGGUUGGGUGCGGCCGGAGGAAGUGCAGUAGAUUCCGCUGUUUCCUAGAUGCGGUCAGUUCUUCCAUCACUUCUGAGCGGUUAGAAACUCUCUGAUCACCCGCAGAGGUUUUUUUGCUUGGAGACGAGUAGUUAUUUGGUUUCUUGGAAGCAAUUAUUGCCGCGUUUCGUGACGUGUGAUUCUUCAGUGAUUCGAUAUUUGAAUAGAGACGCUAAUAAGAUUCAAAUGUAAGAAAUUGCAGCGAUCAUAGCUCGUUCAACAUAAUUACAAGAAUUCCAAACACCGUGAUGCGUAUCGCGUGCCAAACGCAGACCUGUUGAUUCUUUGGAAUAGCAACCAGUUACAUGGCUGGCUCGCAUGAUAACAAGUGUAAACAGCGAUGUCUUGUUUAGUGAAAAGCAAAGAAAUGAAAAGAUAGACGUUAGAACACGAUGGCUGGGAUCCCUGCACGUUGGGCGGAGUUUCUCGCUACAUUUUAUGCUUCGACUGAUUCGCCUCGCUAAUUUCAGCUGCAUGUAUAUAAACGUUAGAUUUGUUACGAUCACGAGCAGAAAGUGUUUGCUUCUCAAAGCGUCUUCGAAGCGAGCGGUAUAAAGUGACGAGUUUUCUCAGAAUGAGAGCAAAGCUUUUGUAUGCCGUUGCUUUACUGGUUUUGUUGGUGUCGCUGCAACAACCAGCUGAGCCG